UUCGUCAUCGCUUGCUUUUCCGCUCAUCCGCUCGUCGGCGCUCUCCGAGAAAUGACUGCCUCCCCAGCCGUGGGCAUCCUCGACGCUCCCCUCCUCCUCGCUUCCCAGCUAUCUCCUGCCGUCGGUAUCCUGACCACCUCGCCCCGCUGGGUCCCGCUCCUCGAACACGAUCUCCAUAUCCUCCACGUCGCGCAGAUAUGUACCGCCGGCGUUGUCUCUUCCGGCAUGUCCGUACUGGAUCUGGAACAUUUGCCUCGGGAACAGGUGCUGUCCACUCUGGGCCGGAUAGCGAAGGACGAGCUCGUGGGGAAGAGAAGGGCAGGGGCGAUCGUGCUAGGAUGCGCAGGGAUGGUGGGUCUCAAAGAAGAGGUAGCGCGGGCGUGCGGAGAGGGCGUGAGGGUGAUAGAUCCAGUUGAGAGCGGAGUGGAGGUAUGCAAGAGUCUAGUCAGGCUGGGUAUGCGGACAAGCAAGGUCGGGAUGUAUGCAUCAUCAUAG